GCCCCCUUCCUGCGGAACAUAUCUGACUUUAUUAAUACACGCUUAUUCACGAAGAAAACGUAAACAAACGUGGAGAUGGCAGAGCAAGAAAUUGGCAAGAAAGGAAAAACGUAUGGUCUAUUGUUGCCAAAGAAAGGACAAAACAAGGUCAAGGUUAAAAGUGUAUUUGGUGAUGACAGUGAUAAUGAGAGUGCACAUGAUGCUAUCAACACUUCAAUAAAACAAGAAGCACAGAAAUCUAAGAUUAAAAGACAGACACAACUAGAAAUAGACAGGGCUCUAGAAGCUGAUCCUACAGUAUAUGAAUAUGAUAGUAUAUAUGAUUCUAUGCAGGAGAAGAAGGCUCAGCAGGCAGCAGCAAUCAGUAGUGAUAAAUCAAAUGUUGAGAAAAAGGCCAAAUACAUUGGUGGAUUAUUAAAAGCAUCAGAAGUAAGAAAAAGGGAGUUUGAAAGACAACAGGAAAGAAAAGUACAGAAGGAAAGAGAGACAGAAGGGGAUGAAUUUGCAGAAAAAGAAGUGUUUGUGACGGGUGCCUAUCGUAAAAAGAUGCAAGAAAUGCAGGAAGCUGAGGAAGAAGAAAGACGGCAGUCUCAACUUGAAGCCAUGUUAGAUGUCAAGAAGCAAAAGGAUAUGACUGGUUUCUAUAGAUACCUGCUGAAUGAGAAAACUGGGGAAAAUAUCAAAACAGAAAAUGAGAAGCCUGAGGUGUCUGUAAAAACAGAAGAAGAAAAAACCUCAGAAAAACCUGAAGACAGCGAAAAUACAGAUAAUAGUUUACCAAAAAUAAAGAAAGAACAGAUGAUACAGAGAGAAAACAAAGAAAGGAAGCAAUACAGAAGGAGAAAGUCAUCAUCUUCAUCAUCAUCAAGGUCAAGGUCACCAGAAAACAGAACAAGAUCAUCACCUAGACAACAGAAAAAAGCAAGUUUGGAUUCCUCAGAUGAUAGUGAAGAUGACAAGAAUACAAAAGUUAGCUCAAAAGAGCAAGACAAAUCUUCAAGAAAGGAUUCAAGGUCAAUUUCUAAUAAACAAAAAGACUCAUCAGAACUUGAUAAAAAUAGGGCUGAGAAAACUACUCACAAUAAAAAAGAUAAAAGAAAACAAAGAACAAGGUCAUCAUCAAGGUCAAGUUCAAGUGAUGAUGAUGGUCCAAGUGUAGCAAAGAAAGAUAAGAGUGAGGAGAGAAAGGAAGUGAAGAAAGAGACAAAAGUUGAUAAAGAACUGACAAUUGAGGAAAUAAAAGCUAGAUAUGCUAGGAGGACAACUAAGGACAUGAUUGAAGCUGCGAGAGAUAGAUACUUUUUACGAAAGAUUGAAAGAGACCAAACAAAACCUUAUAUAUUUAGGAGUGAUGAAUAAAUCAUUGAAAUUUA